GGAAAAACCCCGGGGCCCCGCCAAUCCUGGUAGGAAUGGGGACCCCCAAUCAACUUCCAGGGAUCCUUAGCCCAAGAGCAGAUCAGGAUUCUUCGGACCAAAGGAGCGCAGUCCGGGGCUACUGCCGGCGAUACCUCCUGAGGACCUCAAUACCGGAAAAAACGGAAAAACAGAAACCGGACAAAAACAGAAAAAUGGAAACCCCCUUAAAAAAGUGUCAGGCCUGUCUGAAAUUAAAGUUUGAUUCCAGCUUGUGACUUACCCCAUGCUGGAGCCUAUGGGCCAGUCUUCACCAAACCCCCAAUAAAGAUUUCAAAAGGUCUCUUACCUCUCAGGUGGGCCCAGGGUUUGGGAGGAGACUGUCCACGGUCCUCCGGUUCAGGGGAGUCAUCUGUGGAAUCCUGGACGAGCCCCCAAAUUGUUGUGGAAAAUCGACCACACCGUUGAUUUUGGAUCAGACAGCCUAAGGCUCUUUUAUUGAUUACAAGUGUGCACACAGGGAAAGACAGCGGUUCCCCACGCAGAGGGUCGGCUGCUCUGUCCUUUACAAAUUUUGCCAAGCUUAUAAAGGUUAAAACCACAAAACGUAGCAUGCUGGUUAUACAUGUUAUUUGCCUUAUUUGGAAUAUAAUACUGAUGAUAAGCAAGCUGAUCAACUAAUUCUCCAUCUAUGGUUUUUCCUGUUAUUGUCUUUGCCAGUCAAGUCUGCGGUUUGACCGUUCUAGCACCUUUUCUGUAGUCCUGACAGCAGGCUCAGCUGUUGUAACUUAACAGAUCUUCUGGUUCCCCUUUAUCCAAUUCUAGUUCCUCUUUUUGGGGCCCUGACCACAUCUUUCUGCCUCAGCAUGCCCUUUGUACAGAAAAACAAGUUUAGCAAAAGUUAAAACUCUUGCUCUCAACUAAAGGCUUUUGGGCCUACUCUUACUCUAUUCUCAGCAAAAAGCCUGGGACCUUGAGUAAGGUAGGGUCAAGGAGGGGUUUCCCUAUCACUAAUGUACUUAAACAGGUUACUGGUCAGAUUUUUAAAGGUAUUUAGGUGUCUAGGGGGACUUUCAAAAGCAUCUGGGCACCUAACAUCCAUUCAAUCAAUUAACUUUGGUUCUUGAGGUUCUUUUGUAAAAUCCCACUAGAAGAAUAAGUGAAUCUUUAGGCCCUUAAAAGCUUUUGAUAAUCUGGCCCUAAGUAAAAAUUGAAUACAGUAAAAAGGGGUGGAAUAACAAGGGAAUAGUUGUAGAUUUAGGGGAAAGGAGAUCUUUCCGGUUUGAUUAAUAUUUCUUCCUUACUUACUUUCCUUCCAGAGAAUACAUGGCACAAAUGCAAUGGAAGAAUGAAACAUCCAUCACCAAGUUCAUCCUUCUGGGAUUUGUGAACCUGAAUGAAGUUCAGAUUCUGCUUUUUGUGGUGUUUCUAGUGAUCUAUAUUCUGACCGUGGCUGGGAACCUCCUAAUGGUUGUGCUAGUUGUGUAUGACCAGCACCUUCACACCCCCAUGUACUUCUUCCUGGGGAACUUGUCUUUCCUGGAGACCUGCUACACCUCAGUCAUUUCCCCCAGGUUGCUGGCUGGGUUCCUGGUAGAGGAUAGGACAAUCUCCUUCGGGGACUGUAUCACGCAGUUAUUUUUCUUUGGUGCUUUGGCUUCCAUAGAGUGCUUCCUCCUUGCAGUCAUGGCUUAUGACCGUUACGUAGCCAUAUGCAACCCACUCAGCUAUAAGGUUAUGAUGAACUUCAGGGUCUGCCUUCUUUUGGUAUCUGCCUCCUGGAUAACUGGUUUCUCAGCCUCAGCUUUAGUAGUGGGGAUGGUGCCCCAGCUAAACUUCUGUGGCCCCAAUGAAAUUAAUAAUUUCUUCUGUGACAUGGCAGAACUGCUCAAAUUAUCCUGUGCAAAAAGCCCUCUGGUGGAAAUGAUCAUUCUGGUCUGCUGCUCCCUGGUAACCCUGGUCCCUUUCCUCUUCAUAAUUGUGUCUUACAUUCUUAUCCUCUCAGCCAUCCUGCAAAUUGCCUCCUCUACUGGGAGGCAGAAGGCCUUUUCCACCUGCACCUCUCACCUGCUGGUGGUGAGUCUGUAUUACGGCACCAUCAUAAUCAUAUACAUGGCACCAUCAGCGGACCUGUCCCCAGGCUUCCAUAAAACUCUGUCGCUUAUGUACACGGUCGCCACCCCAAUGUUCAACCCCAUCAUCUACAGUCUGAGGAACAAAGAGGUGAAGGGGACCUUCAGGAAAGUCAUGAUGCAGAAUUUAGGCAUGAUUUAAACUGUGAUUUUCAGAUUGGCCUCAGGAAGUUUAGCACCCAACUCCCAUUGACAGAUCAAUGCCUAAUUUCUUUAGACCUCCUUGAAUAACCUAGCCCAGAUCUCAACAGAAAUAUGACGAUUGCCUACAAUCUUAACUGGAUUUAUUAAGGAUCUCUUUGACUGGAUCCUUCUUAUUCUCCAGUGUCACUCAGGAUUUUACAACACUUGGCCUAAAAAAAUUCCUUUGAAGUUAGAGGCAGGAAGUUUGAGAAGGGACUUUUAUUGUGGCCCUUAUUGUCCAGCUGGGUUUGAAAUGUCUUUGCAUGGUUGCAAAAUGAAAUGUGGACACUAAAUUUUGGUGCCUUAGAUGUUUCUAAGAUCUUUGAUUUCCCUUGUGGUCUUUCCUCCAUGCACACAACAACAGCUCUUUCCCCCCCCCCCCCGCUUUAUUUGCACAGAGACUCUCCCAAAUAAGCAGAAUAUGUAGAAAAAGCGUGCAUGACCAAGUGCUCAAGGUUGGAGGGAGGGUAAAGCAGCUGUGAAGACAUGUUUGAACUGAGUCCCUGUUGUCAGUCUGAAACAACAUGGCACUGCAUAGCUGAGGCUCUAAUAGGAAGUCUGCCUGAGAUUUUGAAAGGAACCUAUGGGAAUUAGGCACCCCCAUCCAACUGUAAUUUGGGUGCUUAGUUCCUUUCACUUCCUUUGGGAAUCCCAGCCUUCCUGGUUGCCAGAUGCCAAGGCUGUUGUGGCUUUGGGAGUACUGGCCAUCACCUGAGCUAAAGAAAACCUCUUCCACCAAGUGUGAAAAAGAGCAAACUUCAGAACAUCUGUAACCAGGCCAAGGAGGACAGUGGUUUGUGCAGAGGGAUGCCCAUGCACAUUUGUGUAUGUAUGCACAUCAAUUAAUGUAAACAUUCUGGCAUAGUCUAUAUAACCAUUGCAUUUAUGCAUCACAGUAUAUUUUUCACAUCAGGUUCCCAGAAAUAAGCAUUUCCAUUGCUAAGUUUUCUGAGGAAAGCUGUCCCACACUGACCUGAAUUAUACAGGUGUUUGGGGAAGAAUCCACUUUUUUCUUAUUGCAGAGCCUCAUGGGAAAUAGUUAUUCUCUGUCCAAUUCAAGGAUUUGCACUACUACAAGCUUGUCCCAAAACUUUUAAACUCAACCCAUCACCAUUAUGGACAAUUUUGUUUCUCCAAAGCUUUGUUCUUAGCAAUGCCCAUGUAACUUGAAUUGUUUUUCCCAAAUGUAAUUGCAUUUAGUGAAACAGCCUGAUGGGUCUCUGGGGGAAAAUGACUGACAUCAUGAUGAAGCAUAGCUUACCUUUCUGAGCAAUGAAGGUCCAUUAUAAUGCCCAGGCCUUUGCCAAUAGUCAUCCUUUAUUUCAUGG